CAUGGCCGGUGCAGUCGUCACUAGUUCUAAAUGAGUUUUGGUUCGUUCCCCUUCAAUGGGAUCUGCAAAGGACGAGUAAUGGCGUGUCUUGAUCAAAACAGCGGCCGGCCGGUCGUCAUGCGUGGAACGGUAGUAGGAAGAAGUCAAUGCAUGCGCAACGGACCAAACAAAGGUAGCUGUCAGCAGAAGAAGAACAGCGGCCGGGACUGUCAGUGACGAGCUCCAUUUGGUUUGGUUUGGUUUGGUAUCCCUUACCCGCGGUAAGCACUGAUAGGGAUCUCCUGUCUGUGCAUGUGUGCUGGCGAAAAGAUUUGCCAUCCAAGGUUACCAAAAUCACCAGGUAGGCAAAGCAGGCUGGUUUGCCUGUUUUCCGGCGAAAUUUAGAAUUUUUGACCUGGUGGCCGUUCACGUUCUUGCUCAUGAAAACGUUGCGUUCAUGCCGGCCAUUCUUGGCAAACCUCUCCCUCUCUUCUAUCUCUCGUUUCCAUUAUUCCAAGUUGUCAGCCAAUGAUGACUGCAAUAGCUGGCGAUCAUCCUCAACCGCAUUGACCCGCCGUGCGGCCACGGCCGGCCCGCGAGGCCGGCGGUGACGAGGUGAGCCGGCAAGGCGCGGCGAGCGGCGAUGACGACGUCCGUGCGGCAGUGGUGGCGCCGCGCCGCCGCGCCGCUCAAGGACAGGAGGAGCCUGCUCCUGGCGCGCCUGCGCCCGCGCCGGCCCGGGUCGUGGGCGUGGCACCACCGGGAGCUGGAGGCGGCCGUCAUCCGGGCCACCAGCCACGAGGACCGGUGGAUGGACUACGGGAGCGCCGCGCGGGUGUUCGCGUGGGCGCGCACGUCGCCGUCGUCCCUGCGGCCCGCCAUGUGGGCGCUGGCGCGCCGCGCGCGGCGGACGCGGUGCUGGGUCGUGGCGCUCAAGGCGCUCAUGGUCGCGCACGGCCUGCUCCUCCGCUCUGGCCUCGCGCCGCCCGCGGCCCGCGCCGGGCGCGUCCCCUUCGAGCUCGCCGACUUCCGUGACCGCUCCUCGUCGGCCAGGUCCCAGGCCUUCUCCGCCUUCGUGCGCGCCUACUUCCGCUUCCUGGACUACCGCUCCCUCUUCGCGGCGCAGGAAGACACCGACGACGACGCCGACGCCGAGGGCUCCGGCUACCAAAUGACCCUGCUCGACCGGAUAGCGAAGCGGCAGUUCCUGCUGGAGCUGCUCCUGCAAAUCCGGCCGUACGCCGACGGCAUGGAGGUGCCGCUCGUCCUCGAGGCCAUGGACUGCGCCCUCGUCGAGAUCUUCCAGGUGUACGGCGAGAUAUCCACCGGCAUCGCGCGGUUCCUCGUCAAUGGCGUCCCCGGGCCGGCGAAGCCGCCGUUGCACAAGGCCGCCGCCGCGGCGGGGGUGAAGGUGCUCUGGCGGGCGGCGGAGCAGAGCGCGCAACUCUCGUCCUACUUCGACCUGUGCCGCGGGCUCGGCGUGGUCAACGCCCGCAAGCUCCCGGCGGCGUUCGUGCGCUUGAAGGACGACGACGUCCGGCACCUCGAGCGGAUCCUCAUGGGCGACGCCCAGGACGAUGCCAGUGACGAGGCGGAGGUGGAGGGUACGGCGCCGGCUGACGUGACGAAGGACGCCGCGGGGUCAGCGUCGACGAUGACCACGUUGGUGACGACGGAAUGGGUGGCGUUCGAAGAGGACAAAUCAAGCGCCGGCGCCGGCGCCAUCACCUGCGGCGUGGGAAGUGAGGGGUACGUCGGUAACCACUGGAACCCCUUCGUCGCCGCGCCGCCGUUGGACCUCCGGCAAAGCGGGAACUUGAUCGAGCUUUUUCUGACCUGGCGCAAUGGCGAGGAUGAAUCUUCUUGCAUGUUGCAGCUUCUUGUAUGUGUGCACGGCUAAUCACACGGAAUUGCACGCUGUGUAAAGUAGCAACUUGACUCGGUUUUCACUUUUCUGUUCUUGAAUCCGGUGUUUGUUCGUCUGGUAGCCAUUACAUUCAAUUUACUGGAGAUCAUUAACCGCC